AUGUCAAUCUCCAUCUUCAUCCUAUGGGUAGCAAGCAUCCCAUUAACAUUAAUCCAUGCAGAUGAUCUUCCUGCUCCUAGAGGUUUCUUGGUAAGUUGUGGAUCUUCGGAGAGUAUAAACAUUAGUGGUUUAAAAUACAUACCGGACCUAAGUUUUACCUCCGUUGGAAAUGCAACAACUGUGAAAAACAAAACAGACCAACUAUUUCCUAUAUUGUCAAAUCUAAGGUUCUUCCCAGAUAAAUCUGCUCGCAAAUUUUGUUACACCUUCCAAGUGAUUCAAGGAGCCAAGUACCUUGUUAGGACCACUUACUACUAUGGUAAUUUCGAUGGAAAACAAGAUCCACCCGUGUUCGAUCAAAUCAUCGACGGAACUAGGUGGAGCAUCGUCAAUACCACUGAUGAUUAUGGCAAGGGUCUUGCUUCUUAUUACGAGCUUGUAGUUGCUGCCCAUGCCAAGGUCCUUUCGGUUUGCCUUGCUCGUAACGGGUACACUAAAGGUGCUUCUAGCCCCUUCAUAUCUGCCAUAGAAGUCAUGUUCCUCGAUGAUAUUCUUUAUAAGUCUGUUGAUUUCCACAACUAUGCACUUAGCACUGUUGCUCGUCAUACCUUUGGUAAGGAUCACAAAGAUAAUGGUGAAGCAAAUUUUAUCAGUUAUCCAGAUGACGAGUAUAACCGAAUGUGGCAACAAUUCAAAGAUACAAAUCCAACAGUGAAAUGUCAAUCUAACAUAACACCAUCGGAUUUUUGGAACAUGCCACCAAGUCAGGCAUUAAGCUCAGCAAUAACAACAAGCCGAGGCAAAACCCUCGAAAUCAAGUGGCCGCCAACGCCAUUGUCCGAUAGCAACUACCACAUAUCUCUUUACUUCCAAGAUAACCGAACUCCUAGCCCAUACAGUUGGAGAGUGUUUAACAUAUUGAUUAACGGCGACGCGUUUUAUAACAAGAUCAAUGUAACAACUAGUGGGGUGAAUGUGUAUACACCUGAAUGGCCUCUAUCCGGUCAAACUCAAAUCACGUUGAUCCCGGAGGACGGCGCCCCUGUUGGACCUGUCUUGAACGCUGCCGAGAUGUUUCAGCUCCUUCCCCUUGGUGGGAGGACUAGUGACAAGGAUGUGACUGCAAUGACUGAUUUGGAUCGAAGCUUGAAUAAUCCGCCCGGUGAUUGGAACGGAGAUCCUUGCUUACCUCGAAAAAAUUCAUGGAGUGGAGUUACAUGUUCCCAAUCAAACGGCAUUGCUCGAGUUGAAGCUAUGAAUUUGACAGGUUUGGGGCUCUCUGGAUCUUUAUCGACAAGCAUAAAAGAUCUAACUGCAAUUGCCCAUCUUUGGCUUGGGCAUAACAAACUCUCUGGUACGUUGCCGAAUAUGAGCUCCAUGAAGAUGCUAGAAACCUUGCAUUUGGAAAAUAAUCAAUUUGAAGGAUCAAUUCCUGAAUCAUUAGCCAAACUUCCACGAAUCCGUGAGAUAUAUCUUCAAAACAACAAAUUUAAGGGUCGUAUCCCUAGCAGUCUAAAGAAUCGACAAGGUCUUACGAUUCGGUAA